AUGGUCCUAAGCUACAUUCACCGGAGUUAUGCGAGUCCACAAUCACCGAAUUGGGCCGGAAAGAAGGUUGUCUUCUACGGUGGUCACUCAGAACUCACGGACGAGUUCCGGCACCAUUACGACGUCAGAACCCAACAUCGUAGCGAAUACAGAUUCUCCCGGGAGGUUUUGAAGGAAUGGGAGUGGGAUCGCUAUCCGAACCCGCCUGAAGAUAGAUGGGGUGCAGCAGUAGAUGGAGGUGCAUCCUGGUAUCCAACGAGGUUCCUCGACGAUUUGGAUCUUGCAAAAAGGGUGCUGGUUUACAAGGAUCUGUCGCAGAUGUACAUGUAUCCCCAAAAUAGAGUCUGGAUCUUGCGCAAUAAUACCACAAAGGAGUAUAUACGCUCAGAUCAGCUGCAAAGACCAGCCGAUAUGGACAAGGGCUGGGAGCUAUCUGUACCGUCACCGGAGCCUGUCACGUAUCACUUCCCACAAGACUUCCAAACCUCUACAUACUACCAAAAUCAUACACUGAGCACCUUCCCACAUCCCCAAAACACACCAUCUACCACCUUCAAACCAGCCCCCAGGCGCCUACAUACCACACAAUGGACACCUAUCCCCCAACCAUCGUUCGCCAUUGGAUCCACCAAUGCAACGCCAAUCUCCGUAUUAUCACCCAACAAAAGGGCCCCGUGGCCGGACGCACACGGUCAAAAACCUCCACAACCACAACCACAACCACCAAGCCCGCCCCCGCACCCCCAGCAAACCGGUGUCCUCACCAAAAAGAAGAUCACAAAGACCAAGACAAAGCACGCGGAGCGCCUGCUCUGCAGGAAGCGUCUGGCGCUGAAGAAGAAGCUCGAAAAGGGCAGGGACGGCGUUGUGUCAUUCAAACAAAGACAGCAGGUGAAGCAGCUGUCGGAGCUUCUUCCCGGGAGAUAG